CGCUCAGUCAGAGCCAGACGCGGAGCUGAGAAGUCGAAGAGUCGCCGCUGCCGUUCCUUCUACUUCUUGCAAGACUCAGCUCAGUAGCCACUCAGUCAGUGGCACACCGUGUUAUCGUGCUCGUCUUAUAAAAGUGUUUUGCCAUCGGGCAGAAGCAGUCAGUUGUGCACCGGUACGUCGUUGGUGAGGAACAAGUACGUGGUUAUCAGAAUUAGGCGAAAGGAUCUUCUUAAGGGAGAACACGAGACUAGAAGUGUUUCAAAAAUUCUUUGCAAUAUUAAUUCCUCACUGAAUCGAAUUUGGUCUAGAGCAGGAAAGUUUCGAAAUUUAUUGAAGUUGUAUUAUUUCGUGAAAUUUGUUAAUAAGAGUGCUUUGUGUUGAAAUUCACCUGAGUGAGAAAAUAUACCAAAAAUAAAAAUAUUCAACGAAAAGUGCGAGUGUCUUUCGAAUGAAGUUCCAGUGAAACGAAGUGAUAUUCAAGUAACAACAAAAAAUUGCACAAAGGUUGCCCCAGUCCUAUCAGUGCAACAGUUACAGUGAACUCUACACUCCUUCGCUACUUUCCAACCUUCAGCGAAUACCAUACAACAAGUGAUCAACUACAACUACCAAAUCCUCUUCUCAACUCGAAGAACCUGGUGAUAUUUCCAAGGGUUGACGGCACGUCUGGAUGGGAAAUUUUCUGCGUACAUAGUCAUAGCAUAUAGCGGACGAGUGCAACAACAACAGCGACAGCCGCGAACUAAAAACGACAACUGUGAAUGCAAUUGCGACUGUUUCUACUAUGCAGACAUAUGUAUUUUGACUCCAUCCUGCUGUUGCAGUGCAUAAAUUUAGCGUCUAGACGAACCCCAUGCGAAUUGUCAGCAAGGACGCGUAUAUCGAACAUUAUUUGCACAUUAAUUUCGACUACCGUGCGGCCACUUCUUAUUCAUCGGUCAUAUGUUGUUGCAUGUGAAGCGAUAUUUGCUGACGAUACGAGUGAGAAAAGAUACAGAUAGAAGAUAUAAAAAGAAAACAUUUGUAAGAUUCGAUACCAAUGAAUGAAAGCCGAUGAAGCAGUCCAUUGCUCUAAUGAAAGGUUUCAAGCGAAAUUUAGUGGAAUCACGGCCAACCUAUUGAAUAGGGGUUGGUUUUUGGAGACAGACGAGUUUCUAGAAGAUUCGUAAAAUUCAUUUUCACCUGAAAACGUGUAAAAGACCAAAAAUUCUGUGAAAUUUUUGGUUGCUUCUGUACAAGAAUGAUUGAACAACAGCAAAAAGAAGAACAAUCAGAACAGCAGCAACUUCAACAGCCAAAAGAGCAGCAACAGCAUAUCCCCACCGUUAUUGACAUUCCAUCCGAUUUCGAGGAUACAGUAGUUAAGAAAUAUGAUGCCGACCGUUAUGAAUGCUGCCCGCCACCACUAUUCAUAGUCUUGAUGUCCUUAAUUGAGAUUGGUGUGUUUGUUUAUGAUCUUCUAACGACGAAGACGCAGAUGGUUCCGGCUGGACCUAUUCCAGUCGAUUCGGUCUUCAUUUAUCGGCCGGACCGGCGACAGGAGAUCUGGCGAUUUAUCAGUUACAUGGUUUUGCAUGCCAACUGGUUCCAUCUUGGUUUCAACGUCGUGGUGCAAGUGAUGAUUGGGCUGCCCUUGGAGAUGGUCCACGGAUCGCUAAGGAUCGCUUGUAUAUAUCUGGCAGGAGUGUUUGCUGGCUCCUUAGGAACAAGUGUUGUCGACGCUGAGGUGUAUUUGGUGGGAGCGAGUGGUGGAGUUUAUGCUUUGCUAGCGGCGCAUUUAGCCAAUAUUCUUUUGAAUUUUGGUGAGAUGAAGUAUGGCGUGUUGAAAUUGGCGUCGAUAUUAAUUUUUGCAUCAUGCGACUUCGGUUACGCCAUCUAUUCCCGACACGUAGCGGAGCCCAUCAACGCCCCGUCCGUAUCCUACGUAGCCCAUAUAACGGGGGCUUUAGCUGGAUUAACGAUAGGUUUAUUAGUGUUAAAAAAUUUCGAUCAUAGACCACAGAAGUUUCUGCUUUGGUGGUCAGCAUUAGGUAUUUAUGCUGCUUUUACGAUAUUCGCAAUUGUAUUUAAUUUAGUGAAUACGAUGACAGCACAAAUACUCGAAGAAGAGGGCGAAGUAAUAAAACAACAUUUGCUUCAUGAUUUGGGUGUUUCAUAAAAGUAAAAAUUAAAAAAAAAUCUCUGAUAUCUUCAGCUGCAAACAAUAAUUAGUUUUAAAAUGAAUAGUAGGAGACAAAUCAACAGUCAAAGAGAAAUAGACCGAGAUAAUUAGAUUCCAGUUAUGCUUUACCUGUUUUUUUCAUAAUUAAGUCCAAAAUGUAUUCCGCUGUUCACAAAUAUUUUUGUCCUGUUUUUACAACAAAUUAUUGUUUGUUAGUUUCGUGUAUAUUUUUCGUGUAUUUAUAUUUUCCACUGCUGUAAAUCACUCGAUUAGAUUCUCAAUCUUAUUUAACUGUUUAAUUAUUAUAAACAAAUUGUACAUAAUGUUUAUGUGGAUAAAUUUCACCAUGAGGUCGAUAAAAUUUAAAUAUAUGUAUUAUAGAAAAUAUUUUUUAAGUACACAUAAAAAACGAAUCCCAAAACGUGAACCAAACUGUUGUGAUAUUGCCAAAGACUGAUUUGUAUAGAAGGAUUUUUUUCUGUCUAGUUCUAGUGAUUAUGUAUUAUACAUUUACUGAAAUACCUAAAUAUUUAAAUUAAGUAAAAUAGAUCCAAAAUAUUUGUACGGUAUGUACAAUGAUUUGUACAUACACCGCUACAGACAAAACGAAAUUAAAUUGAAAUGCAUCUUGGAUUUUAAGAAUGGUGGGAAAGUAUCUCGUUCGCGUUAAUAAUCGACAAAAUACCAAUUCUUGAAAAAGUUUUCCCUUUCUUACUUGUGGAAAUCAGAUAACUUCCUUUGAAAAAUGUUCUUGCAGUAUUCGAAGAACUCAUGCUCCUUCAUAGCUAAGAUCGUUCUCUGCGAGCAGAAUUGAUGAAUUCGGUAGAUACAUAUUCUUCCCAAGUUUUGAUAGAUCCAACGAUGCACAAUUAUCAUUUUAAAAUAACUAUUUCAUAUUGUAUUGUAUUGUAAAAAGUUCGAUUUAAACACUUUCUCAAUUCAAAGAUUUCAAAUUGCAGAAAAAGAAUUUCGAGAGAAGAUCAUAGUCGCGGAAGCUGUUUUACACAAUACUACAUAUGAAAUCCAUUAAGCUAGUCGAUAGUAAUUUAUUAGUGUCUCAACAAUGUAAUAUGCCUACGAGAAGAUAAAUUAUAGGCGAAAAGAUUGCGAGUUGAAAGCAAGAGUGUGUAUGAGGAGUUUGUUGUGUAGAUCCUAAUCUAAUUAGAUUUCAUCUAUUUGCAACAGAAUUCCACUGACACAUUCAUACGCGCAUACAAAAGAGUAUUAUUUAUUUAUUAAACGGAAGAAAAAUUUAUAGAUAACAUAUAUACACAAUUAACAAUUUAUUUAAUUUAUUUAAAUUAGUUUCCCUCCUUGUUUUGUCCUUCUUCGCCCUCUUACUUUCUUAUUUAUUCAUAUUCAAUGCUAGUAUUUUGUUGAAACUAUAUAUACUAAAAUUAACAAUUAUUUGUAUUAGAACAGACCAGUAAUAUUUCCUUUCACACACAACUGCUAAAAACCAAAGAUAUAUAUUUUAUAAAUCGUAAAAAGGAAAGCACACAAUACAAGCGAAACAUAAAAAAAUAAAUCCCAUUUAUCAAGCGAUUUUUGUAGAA